AUGACAAUAUCUACUUUCGAUCACGUGUCUGCGGGGCGACUUAGACGGAUUGCGCGUCAUCUCGCCUUCCCAAAUUUUUCCCUUCUGCUGCAGCUCGUAUCCAAAACAUCUAUCUAUAGUACGGAGUAGAGAGAGAGAAAGAUGUUUAACUCGGUGAAUCUGGGCAACUUCUGCUCCCAGACGCGCAAAGACCGGACAUCCGAGUUUGGGGACAGGACAGGCUGCGCGUCCAACAUCUACCUCCCCAGCUGCACCUACUACGUCCCCGAGUUUUCUGCCGUCUCUUCGUUUCUUCCACAGGCCCCGUCCCGGCAAAUCAGCUACCCUUAUUCCACAAAUCUGUCUCAAGUACAGCCGGUACGGGAAGUUUCAUACGGCUUGGACCCUGCUAGUAAAUGGCACCACAGAAGCAAUUAUGCAUCGUGCUACUCGGGAGAGGAUCUGGUGCAUAGGGACUGUCUUCCACAAUCCACCAUGACAGAAAUGCUUAUGAAGAACGAGAGUGUAUACAGCCACCACCAUCACCAUCACACCCAUCCGGGCUCCAAUCACCCUUCCACAGGUUUUUAUUCCGGCGUGGGGAAAAACAACGUCCUCCCUCAAGGUUUCGACCGCUUUUUUGAGACCGCAUACUGCAGCAGCACGGACAAUCAGUCAGACAAUUGUUUACAAAAGGGCGAGGGGGGAAAGCUGGAAAGCGACUCCCAGCAGCAGCAACAGCAGCAGCAACAGCAACAGCAGCCCCCAGCCUCUGUACCCGGAGCCCCGGAGCAGGAAAAAGACCCAGAAGAUGAGGAGGAACAUACAAAUUCGGGCUCUUGUACUUCUUCCUCCGCAACAACCAAGGACGGCAACGCCAGCAAGAACAGCCACUCGAGCACUCCUCGCACAAGGAAGAAGAGGUGUCCAUAUUCCAAGUUUCAGAUUCGAGAGCUGGAGCGGGAAUUCUUCUUUAACGUUUACAUCAACAAAGAGAAAAGGCUUCAACUAUCCCGAAUGCUAAACCUCACCGACCGUCAGGUUAAAAUUUGGUUUCAGAAUAGAAGAAUGAAAGAGAAGAAACUGAGCAGAGAUCGCCUCCAGUACUUUUCUGGAAACCCCCUAUUGUGAGCAGAAAGUGUCAC